UCCUAUUUGUCGCCGAUUACAUGAAGAACAGAAACCCAAAGAACUUCCCUCCCACCCCUUUACGCCUUCCCUUUGUAGGGCACCUUUACUCGGUGGACUUCAAAGAUCCCAUAAGCUCAGUGAAGAAGCUUACUGAAAAAUAUGGUGACAUCGUUGGCACUUCGAUGGGCAGCAUGAAGUUUGUGAUAGUAAAUGGGAUGCGGCUGGUUAAGGAAGUGCUUGUAAACCAAGGGGAAAACUUCCUUGAGCGACCAGAAAUGCCUACUGAAAUCUUCAGCAAGAUAGGACUGAUCAGUUCCAGUGGGCACUUGUGGAAGGCACAGAGGAGGUUCACCUUGACCACCCUCCGAAACUUUGGCUUGGGGAAGAGGAGCGUGGAGGAGCGCAUCCAGGAGGAAUGCCGAUUCCUCGUGGAUGCCAUUAAGGAUGAGCAGGGUGAGUGCCACGCACCUCUCUCAGCAGCUGGGCUGAAG